UCUCCAACACCUCCAUUGACGACUUUAAUUGUUAACUAUCGCAGAUCAUAGAGAUAAAUAUAUUACAAAUCAUCACAAAAUGGAGAAAGUGCUUGUGGGCAAAGUGCUUCUGACGAUGAUGAUCGUCUGUGUGGUGGGCAGCGCUUCUGCGCAAAGUGCUUCUAACGUGAGAGCCACGUACAACCUGUACAAUCCUCAGAAUAUCAACUGGGACUUGCGUACUGCGAGUGUCUACUGCGCAACAUGGGAUGCUGACAAGCCAUUGUCAUGGCGCAGCAAAUAUGGAUGGACUGCCUUCUGCGGACCCGUUGGCCCUACCGGACAAGAUUCUUGUGGGAAGUGCUUACUGGUGACGAACACGGCCACAGGAGCGAAAGUGACAGUGAGGAUUGUGGAUCAGUGCAGCAAUGGAGGGUUAGAUUUGGACGUGAAUGUGUUUAACCAGAUAGACACAAAUGGACAAGGCAAUGCCCAAGGCCACCUUACUGUCAACUACGACUUUGUUGACUGUGGCGACUAAACCUUAAACUUUAAGCUCUAAACCUUCAACCAAUAAAUAAGUUUCAAUGUUGUAGAUGAAAUAAGUUCAAAGUGGGAUCGCUUCUUGGAUUAUAACAAGAAGUACUGUUAUUGUUGACUGUAAACUUGAAGCUUCUGGAAUAAAUGAUCAUAUGCAUUAAGAAUUACCCCUCA